AGAAAGAAAAUGAGUCUUUGGUGCUAGUAACAAGUUAUGUAGGGAAAGAGCUUGUAAAGCAAUUGCAAGGUUCUUUUAUGACAAUGCUAUUCCCUUCCAUCCGGCCACUAGUGAUAGCUUCAAGAACAUGGUUGAAGAAAUUGGACAAUAUGGUCCCGGAUUGGAACCACCGAGCAUCUAUGAGCUAAGAGUUCAUUUUCUUCAAAAGGAAGUGGAAGACACGGACACCAAAGUGUUGGAGUUCAAGAAAGAAUGGGCCACAAAGUGAUGUUCUAUUUUAUCCGAUGGAUGGCGUAAUUCGGUGGUGCAAAAGGAUAUUGUGAACUUCCUUGUCAAUUCUCCAAAAGGGUCCGUGUUCAUCAAAUCGGUGGAAGUAUCCGAAGUUGUGAAAGAUGCAAUCACUUUGUUUCAAAUGCUUGAUUCUAUUGUUGACGAAGUUGGAGAGGCAAAUGUUGUGCAAGUGGUGACGGAUAAUGCAUCUAACUAUGUCAAAGCGGGUAAGAAAUUUAAAUCAUCUUCAAUUUUAUACAAUCACUUUAUUAUUUUCUUAAGUAUUAAAGCUUUUAAUCUGUUAUGAUAGGGAAAUUGCUUAUGACAAAAAGACCACAUCUUUAUUGGACUCCAUGUGCCGCACAUUGCGUGGACUUGAUGUUGGAGGAUAUUGGAAAGCUUCCAAAGAUCAAGAAUGCCCUCAAGAAGGCGAUCUUCAUGAAUGGUUAUAUAUAUAACCACGUCAUUGUUGUCAACAUGAUGAGAAGAUUCACAAAUCAAAGGAAUUUGCAUCGACCGGCGGUCACAAGGUUUGCAACUUUCUUUAUCACUCUUGCACAAUAUCAUAAGCAAAAGAACAAUUUGAGGAAGAUGGUGACUUCGGAAGAGUGGAAUGCUUCAAAGUGGCCAAAGGAAGCGGGAGGAAAGAAGGUGACAACUUAUAUUUUGCAAGACACAUUUUGGAGGAAUGUGUUGCAUGCUCUUAAGUUGGGAGGUCCUCUUGUGACGGUACUUCGGAUGGUUGAUGGGGAUAAAAAACCGGCUAUGGGGUACAUUUAUGAAGCUAUGGAUAGAGCUAAAGAGGCUAUUGCUAAGAGUUUUGGUCACAAGGAGGAGCAUUACAAAGAAGCAUUUGAGAUCAUUGAUAAAAGAUGGGAUUGCCAACUUCACCAUCCUUUACAUGCGGCCGGAUACUUUCUUAAUCCGGAAAUCUAUUACGAUAAUCCGGAUCAAGUGAGUUGCCAAGAGGUUGAGAAAGGCUUGUAUGAAUGCAUUCAAAGGUUGAUUCCCGAUGAAGCAACUCAAGACAAGCUCAUGGUUGAGUUGGAUGCCUACAAAAAUGCAGAGGGUCUAUUUGGCAAUGCAAUGGCAAUUAGACAUAGAAAGGUCAAAUCACCAGCGGAUUGGUGGUCUUGUUAUGGAUCUUCAAGUCCCAACCUCAAAUCAUUUGCAAUAAAAGUUCUUAGCCUCACUUGUAGUGCUACCGGAUGUGAGAGAAAUUGGAGUGUCUUUGAUCAUGUAAGCUAUUAUUUUAUUUUACUUUGACUAUAAUACAUAAAUAUGAUUUUAACCUAUUAUCUUUUAUAUUUUUAUAGCUUCAUACCAAGAAGAGAAACCGAUUGGCACAAGAUCGGCUUAAUAAAUUGGUUUAUGUGAAGUAUAAUCGUACUUUGGAAAGGCGAUACAAGAGGAAAGACACAAUAGAUCCUAUUUUAUUAGAAGAGAUUGAUGAUAGCAAUGAAUGGUUGGUUGGACAUAUGGAUGGGGAAUCUUCUAAUGAAGAUGAUCUUGUGUUUGAUGAUGGUGAUUUGACAUGGAAUGUCGUUAGUAAGGCUUCAGGAGCUAAUGAUCCUAUUUAUAGCACUAGACGGGCAUCUAGAGUUGAUAAAGGAAAGAGUGUAGUUGCUUCGAGUUCGAGAAGGCUUUUAGAUGAGGAUGAAGAUACGGAUGAGG